CUUUCACUCUAUGUACUGAAGAUGGCAUACGCAUGCCGAAAUAUGUUUACGAUAAAAAAGCUCUUCGUUCACAUGAUCAUAUUGUGCAAAAUAAAAAUUUGAAUAUAAAGUGCCUAUUGUGCAUUUUAAUCGUUUUCAACGAAGUUCUUUGUCUCGAUUCUUUGCUCCACCAAGCGCACAUGGUACGAAGUAUUACAUUUACUGUCUGCAGAAUAUUGUGAAGAAGUCGUAAAGAAACAUCGAUCGUCAUGGCUGAAACUAAAAUCAAUGCGUUGGAUAUAGUUGUUAUUGUUUACUUUCUUAUCGUUAUUGCCGUAGGACUUUGGGCUAUGUAUAAAUCCAAUCGUGGAACUGUGACUGGUUACUUUUUAGCUGGCCGAUUCAUGACCUUUAUACCUGUGGGAGCAUCUCUUUUUGCCAGUAACAUUGGUAGUGAGCAUUUCAUUGGUUUGGCUGGUUCCGGUGCUGCCGCAGGGAUUGGUGUUGGUGCUUAUGAAUUGAAUGCUUUGAUCUUGAUUCAAGCGUUAGGAUGGAUUUUCUUACCUGUUUAUAUGGCCAGUGGGAUUAGCACAAUGCCUGAAUAUAUUCAACGACGGUUUGGUGGACAACGUCUGCGUAUUUAUCUUGCCUGUCUAUCGCUCAUGUUGUAUAUUUUCACUAAAAUAUCGGUGAACAUGUUUUCUGCAUCAUUGUUCAUCAAUCAAGCUUUGGGAUGGAACAUCUAUUUUGGCAUUUUGUUACAAUUGGCUUUAACAGCUUUGUGUACAGCACUAGGCGGUUUGACUGCGGUUAUAUACACUGAUACUUUGUCAGCAAUUGUUAUGGUCAUUGGUUCUGUUGCUGUCUCCAUUACUGCUUUCAAAGAGGUCGGCGGUUACAGUGGUCUACAAGAAAAAUACAUGUCAGCGAUACCAAAUUCAUCCAUUCCAAACACAACAUGUGGAAUUCCUCGUGAAGAUUCAUUUGUUUUACUUCGUGAUCCCGUAGAUGGCGAUAUUCCUUGGCCUGGUUUCAUUUUUGGUGCUACAACUGCUUCUAUAUGGUACUGGUGUGCUGAUCAGGUCAUAGUUCAACGGGCUUUGGCUGCGAAAAAUCUCUCUCACGGUAAAGCCGCUUGUCUCUUAGCCGGUUACAUCAAGAUAUUACCAAUGUUCUUACUGGUUAUGCCUGGUAUGAUUAGUCGUGUUUUAUACACAGAUGAGGUUGCUUGUGUUGGUGAGGCAUGUAGGGAUGUCUGUGGAUCAUCGGUAGCAUGUUCAAACAUCGCUUAUCCUCGAUUGGUUCUUGGUCUCAUGCCUCCAGGAGCACGCGGAGCGAUGUUUGCAGUCAUGAUGGCAGCAUUGAUGAGUGAUCUUACAUCAAUCUUUAACAGUUCAAGUACAAUAUUCACCAUCGAUAUUUACAGUAGAAUCCGAAAAAAAACGACAACAAGAGAGUUGAUGAUUGUUGGACGUAUUUGGGUUGUCGUUAUGUGUGGUGUGAGUAUUCUUUGGAUACCUGUGGUCGAACGCUUUCAAGGUGGUCAAAUGUUCCUUUAUAUCCAAGCUAUAUCUUCAUAUCUCUCGCCACCCAUAUGUGCCCUCUACAUGCUCGCUAUAAUGUGGAAACGCGUCAAUGAAUUUGGUGCGUUCUAUGGUAUGAUGGUUGGUUUUGUGCUGGGUAUAUCCCGUAUGAUCGGUGACUUCGCCUACCCUCAACCAAAAUGUGGUGAUGCCGACACUAGACCUGGCUUCGUUACGUUAAAUUUUAUGUAUUUUGCUUUUAUUAUGUUCGUCGUUACGACAUUCUCAAUAGUCGUUCUUUCUUUCUUUGGUGAGGAACCUGGUCCUGAAAAGAUAUCUCGUUUGACAUUCUGGACUCGUUUUGAUCCUCUACAUGAGUCAACAGAGGUCGUUGUCAACACUGCAAAGAUAGAUUCAAUGGAGAUGGUUUUGAACGACGAGAAGACGAAUGAAGACAACGAAAAAGAUGAAAAUAAAAUGAAAAUCGAAGAAGUGGACGUUGAUGUUGAAAAUGAAAGUACAUGUCAAAAGAUUUUUGUGAAGACAUCUAUCGAUCGUCAUGGCCGAAACCCAAAUCAAUGCAUUGGAUAUUGUAGUUAUUGUCGUUUAUUUUCUUAUCGUUAUUGCCGUAGGACUUUGGGCUAUGUAUAAAUCCAAUCGUGGAACUGUGACUGGUUACUUUUUAGCUGGUCGAUUCAUGACCUUUAUACCUGUGGGAGCAUCUAUUUUUGCCAGUAACAUUGGUAGUGAGCAUUUCAUUGGUUUGGCUGGUUCUGGUGCUGCGGCAGGGAUUGGUGUUGGUGGUUACGAAGUGAAUGCUUUGAUCUUGAUUCAAGCGUUAGGAUGGAUUUUCUUACCUGUGUAUAUGGCCAGUGGGAUUAGCACAAUGCCUGAAU